UUUCUUUUUCAUUUUCUUCCUCAAAAGUCCCAAAACCUUUUCGACCCUCUCUGCCUGCCUGGAGAUGGAUUCUUGAGCUUCUGCUCUUUCUCCCAUGGUAUGAAAGGAAACGGAUUUGUGGGAUUUGUGGGAUUUGUGGCUUUGCAUUUCUUAGGCUUCUCCUCAAGAUUUUCUGACAAGAAGGAGAAAAAAAAUGGGGGUGGAGGAUGCCUCGACAUCGAGCUCUUCGAGCUGCGGGCAGGAAGACAUAAACCGUGACAUUGAGACCAAUGUGGUGUUGAAUGUCUACGAUCUCACACCUUUCAAUAAUUAUACGAUUUGGUUCGGGUUUGGCAUAUUUCACUCGGCCAUUGAAGUUCAUGGUAAGGAGUAUGGAUUUGGAGCUCAUGAUUUUCCAGUUAGCGGAGUUUUUGAAGUGGAGCCAAGGAGCUGCCCUGAUUUUGUUUUCCGAUGUUCCAUCAAAAUGGGCCACAUAAAGAUGUCUCCCUCUGAAUUUAGAACUUUUAUUGAGGAUGCAGCUUCUGAGUAUCAUGGAGAUACAUAUCACCUCAUCUCCAAGAAUUGUAACCAUUUUACAGAAGACAUCUCACAUAGAUUGACAGGCAAACAUAUACCUGGAUGGGUGAAUCGGCUAGCCCGGAUAGGUGCAUUUUGUAGCUGUCUGCUUCCUGAAAGUCUUCAAGUAACUACAGUUAAACAGUUGCUUGAAUACCACGAAUGUACAGAAGAUGGAAGUGAAUCUUUCUCAACCGCUACCCCACGUGAAUCAAUGGAAGUCUAUGAUACAGAUCCAGAAAAGCAGCUGUUGUCACCAUUACGUGAAGCAGAUGUGACUUUUGUCAAGGAGACUUCGCAGAAGUGAAUGCACACAACCCAAAAGAGAGUUGUUAUUUGAUUUAGAUUAAGAAUGCUUGCCCAGAUCCAACUGGAAGAAUGCUGUUGCGUGCUUGAUUCUCAUUCAAAUGUUGUGAUUUUCUUUUUUCUUUCUGAUUUUUAUCUUAUCAGAGGUAUUGCCUUCUUUUUCCUUUGCUUUUCAUUUGUUUGAACACAAAAGACUUUGAACUAGAAAGUAGUCUGUUGUAUUGUUGUAUUUGAUGACUUACCUGAUUGGAUUUUUAUGA